AUGGUCCUGCAGAGAGGGCCCCUCCUGCUGCUGACCCUCAGCCUGGGCUUGGCCCGUGCCCAGAAGACUCUAGACGAGGUGCCGGUACAACCAGGGUUUAAUGCCCACAAGGUGGAGGGACGCUGGUUCACCACCCGGCUGGCUGCCAGCCGCACCCACCUGGUCUCCCCAGCCGAUCCCCUGAGGCUUGGCCUCCAUUCCAUUUGGACUCGGGACGAGGAUGUGGAGUUCGUCUUGUUCUGGACAGGACAGGGGGUAUGCAAAGGAGUGAACAUCACCAUCCACCCAAGGCUCCAGGGCCAGUUCCAAGGCUCCCGUGAAGGCGCGGGCAUGCUCGUCCGCUUCGUCAGCACCGACUACAGCAACCUCAUCCUUUACGUCCGCUUCGAGGACGCCGGCGAGACCACCAGCCUGUGGGCUCUGCUGGCCAGAAGAAUGCUCGGGGACCCCACGUGGCUGGGGAAAUACCUUGGGUACGUUGCCAGAUUCCAGCUGCAGAAAGCCCCUGUCUUCAACCUGGAUGGUAGGCACGGCCCUCCAGAUACUUCCCCCAUGCCCAGGCUGCUGCGCUGGGGCCUCGCCUGCCAGGCUUGGAACCCCUAG